AUGCAAACUAUCUAUAAAAAGCCUUGGAAACUUCCUCUUCUACCAAGAAUUGCACAAUUCCUUUGGAAGUGUAUCAAAGAUAUCCUGCAAACCAGAGAUAAGCUUGUGUAUGCUAUUCAAGAUGAAGACUAUGGUUGUCCUCGAUGUGCUCAAACUUUGGAAACUUCUUCUUAUACUAUUCUGCACUGCAAUACUUCUAGGACAGUCUGGUUUGUUGUUCUUGGAAUUCAUAUUCAGCAAGAUGUGCAUUUAGUUGAUUGGUUAUGUAGUUGGUUUGAUAAGCUAACCAGUCAUCAAGUUCAACAAGAGGAAAUUUGUAAGCUUGCAAUAGUUGUCUGGUGCAUCUGGACAACUAGAUGUGACAUUGUCUUUAAGGGUAGAAAGAUUGCAGUUGAUGCAGUUGUCCACAGAUGCAAGUUAGAAAUAGAACUUCUUAAGAUAAAACCUCCUAGUACCACUCCUCAACCUGCUAAUGGUGGCAUUGGACUAAUAGUGCGUGAUUUUGCAGGUUAUCACAGGGGUUCAAAAUGCAUCUAUCUAGUAACAGCUGGCAGUCCAGAACAAGUGGAAUGCAAAGGUCUACGGGAAGCAUUGAAGUGGGCGCAAGACAAUAAGCUUAACAAAUAUGUGCCUAAGGAAAAAAAUAAAGUAGCACAUUUGUUGGCAAACUUUACUAGAGUGUCUUGUAUUAGUAGUGUUUGGUUAUUAUCACCUCCUGAGAACAUCCAAUAUCAACUUCAGGAUGAUGCAAAAUCUGUAACCUCUUAA